GUUAAAAGCAAAUAAAUUAUUGGCACGCCCUGUGGCCUUUUCUUCUCCCGUCCUUCCCGGUCGCGUACUCUGUCUUCUCGUGGUUCUCCCGUGCCCCUCGCGUGCGCUCUCUGUCUCUCGGGGCGACGACUAGGCGGCUGCUCGCCGGCCGCCGACGCCGACGCCCGCCGCCAGAUUCCCAGGUAUCUAUCUUCGGGACCUCGACCGGCGACGAGCACCCAACAGGUACUGAUUUUGCUGAAGCAACAGAAUAAUGUAUUAGCCCUCAUGCGUUAACACCUACAUAAACUUUGAGUAUCCUAGUUUCAAGUGAAAUCAUGGCACGAAAAGGAAAUCAAAGUAAGAGUGGCCCCAAUCAUGCUUCACCUAAGUGGAAAAAUACAACUGAUGGUGAUGCACUAAGUACACCAGAAAGAGGUGCUGCAGAUAGUGAAAAUCCGAGUUCACAUGUUCAAGGCAGAUCAAAGGGUCCUGAAGGAAGCAGUGAGAAGAAAGGAAGAGGCAGCAAAAGGAACAGCACAAACAACGGCAUAUCAUCCUCUGGAAAAAAACAACAAAUGGACACCGGUUGUGAUAUAAACAGUUCAGAAGAAAAGGAGAUUCCGGUAAGAGGUACUAAAAAUAGAAGAGGUAGCCAGAAACCCUCUAGGCGCGGUUUUGGUAGAAGUUUUUUCAUUGAGCAAACAACAUCGUCUGGAUUGGCAGGAAAUGUUUUGGAGAAGACCAGGUGCAUUGCUUGCAUGGCUGCAUCCAUUAUUAGAGCUUCCAUGAUAUAUCUAGUUGAAGAAGGCAAAAGAUUUAUCGAAAAAAGAAUGCCAACAAUCAACACUUAUAUGGCUUUUGUCAACAAAGGGCAUGCAUAUGUCUUAAGCAAAAUUGCAUAUGUUUAUCCCAUAGUUCGAGCUUGGAUGCUUAAUGCUGGAAGGGUGAUGCUGCUCUUGUUUACAGUUUGGUUAGACUGCAAUGUAAGGGGCUUUGAUUCUUUGCUACGAUUGGGGACAAACUCUCUCCUAGCAGUACUUUGGUGCAGCACGCUGUCAACUUUUGCAAUGAUUGGGAUAAAAAAGAUGCUCAUAUUCAUGGCGAUUGCAGCUUCUGCGUUUGCCUUCAUAGGUCUAGGUUUUGCUAUCCUGCUUAUAUCAGUGCUUGCAGUGGUAAUCUUAUGGUUUUAUGGAAGUUUUUGGACGACCACUUGUGUAAUGAUUCUUGGAGGUGUUCUCUUUUUCUUGAAACGCGAAAGAAUAACUCUUCUUGUUGCCUGUUUAUAUUCGAUGUAUUGCGCGAGAUGCUAUGUUGGAUGGCUCGGAUUGCUUUUGGGCCUCAACUUAUCUUUCUUUUCUAGUGAUAUUCUAGUGCAGUUCCUAAGGGACAAUGCAGACAAUAAAAAAUUCAAUGGUUCUUCAAGGUACUCAGAGCGAAGCUCUGGUAGACAAGGCAAUAUCUUUGAAGAAUUUCAGCCAUCAGCAAAUAGCACCUACCAAGCCAGAUAUGCUCGAGCUUCAGAUCGAGAUCCUGGUGAUCCUUCAACAAGUGGACCUGAGAAAGAGCUUACCUCUGAAGAUGAAGUGGCUCGUUUACUGAACUGCACUGACCACUAUUCAGCAUUAGGUUUCCGUCGAUAUGAGAACAUAGAUGUAUCAUCUCUUAAGAGAGAAUACAAGAAAAAGGCUAUGUUAGUCCAUCCUGAUAAGAAUAUGGGCAAUGAUAAAGCUGCUGAUGCAUUUAAAAAGCUUCAAAAUGCAUAUGAGAUUCUUCUUGAUUCACUGAAACGCAAGACAUAUGAUGAUGAGUUGAGGAGGGAAGACCUCUUGAACUACUUCAGGCAGAGUGUUUCUCAAAAGAAUGGAAGAAACAGUACUUUCCAACAUGGGUUCAGCCCUUCAGAAGGUGUUGAUGAAGGUCCUUAUGGUCUUUCCAGAAGAAUAGCUUGUAAAAAGUGCAGCGACUUUCAUCUUUGGAUUUAUACUGGAAGAGCUAAAUCACAAGCUAGAUGGUGUCAGGACUGCAAGGAGUUCCAUCAAGCUAAAGAUGGCGAUGGAUGGGUUGAACAGUCCUUUCAACCUGUUCUAUUUGGCAUGCUGCAGAAGCCUGAUUUACCUCAUGCAUAUGUUUGCGCAGAAAGCUACAUAUUUGAUGUCACUGAGUGGUUCAACUGUCAGGGAAUGAGAUGCCCGGCGAACACUCACAAGGCAACCUUCCAUGUCAAUGCCAACAUGGCAAAGCAGAGCAGUGGCAAGGCGAGUACCUCAACGCAGAGGGCUGGUAAGGCCCCAAGUGGUGUAAACAUGGAUGGAGGAGGACUCAACGAGGAAGAGUUCUUCGAGUGGUUCCAGAAUGCAGUCAACUCUGGAAUGUUUGAAACUACAUUCGGGGCACAAGGCGACCCGACUUCUCCUGGUAACGGAAGCAAUGCCAAGAGUAGCGGUAGCAGCAGCAGCAACAACAAUAGUAGGAAAAAGAAGAAAGGAAAGAAACAGUGGUAAUCAAAGCAAAGCAGGCUGGGGUCUGGUGAUCACUUCUCGGGGCAGAGAAAAAAAGAAACAAACAGAAUAAGCGUUUUGGGUAUGUAAAUACAACUCGGAAAAAUCGGUCCCUGGCUUAAAUGGUUCCUAACGAGAGGCCACUGUAAAUCCUUGUUCAUCAUGGGGUGCUGACGGCUGUUAAAUGGCCAUUAUAAAUCCUGGUUCAUUAUGUUGUCGGAUCUUAAUAUAUCGUCCUGGCCCUCGGUAACUUGCUAGCAAAAAAAAUGUUAUAAAGCAAGUUACUACGAAACAAGAAUUUGCAAGAUUAAAGAUAGUUUUUUUUGACUGUCA